AUGGUUACAGGUUUGGAAGUAGUAAAAGAAAAUGAAAAUAAAUUGAAAGAAGUGAUGCGGGACUUUAUGAAAGAAAACUUACAAAUUGAAACUGCAAUCACGUCGGCAAAUCGAUUAGGGAAAGAAACAUAUCUGGUUUCGUUCGAAAAUAUAGAAGAAAAAUGGAAAGUUAUGGAACAAAAAGGCAAAUUAAGAGACCUAAAAGACCUGAGGGAAGUAGCUGCACAAGAGGGACAGAAGGGUAACCAGGUGAAAAUCGGGUAUCAAAGAUUAAAAAUCGGCGAUGAGGAAUGGAAAUGGAGUAACGAAAAUGAUCGAUUAGAAAAACAAACAAGAAGCCGUGAUGGAAAAAAAGUAAUGCGUAAUACAAUUAAUGCAACCGCGUGUGCGGCAUUAUUGGAGGAUGUUUCUUGGACGGAUCCAUCUUUAUUAGCAUCAUUAGCUAUAUUAGCUUUUAUUAAUGUAUUAGUGAUUGUUGGUAAUUGUUUGGUGAUUGCUGCGGUAUUUUGUUCAUCAAAACUACGUUCAGUCACAAAUUUAUUUAUUGUAUCAUUGGCUGUUGCUGAUUUAAUGGUUGGUUUAGCCGUUUUACCAUUUUCGGCUACUUGGGAAAUAUUUAAGGUUUGGAUUUUUGGUGAUUUGUGGUGCAGUAUUUGGUUAGCCAUGGAUGUGUGGAUGUGCACUGCUAGUAUCUUAAAUUUAUGUGCCAUAUCAUUAGAUCGAUAUGUGGCUGUGACACGUCCUGUAACAUAUCCAAGUAUUAUGUCACAUUCUAGAGCGAAAAUGUUAAUUGCUGGUUUAUGGGUAUUAUCGUUUGUUAUAUGUUUUCCACCGUUAGUGGGCUGGAAUAAUAGUACACAUAAUUCCAGUAUCGAGGAACAAGAACAUCCACCAUGUCCAUACACAUGUGAGUUAACAAAUGAAGCUGGUUAUGUGGUAUAUUCAGCAUUAGGAUCAUUUUACAUACCAAUGUUUGUUAUGUUAUUCUUUUAUUGGCGUAUAUAUAAAGCUGCUGUUCGAACUACACGUGCAAUUAAUCAAGGGUUUCGUACAACUAAAGGUUCACGUGGUGUUGGUAAUCGAUUCGAUGAGCCACGUUUAACAUUACGUAUACAUCGUGGCCGUGGUUCAAUGUUACAUCAUGGUUCACCACACAGUAACGGGAGCAACAGUACAACCACAACGGGUAGUGCUUCUCCAGCAUCCUCAAGAUCACAUCGUGGUCACGAACGUAUUAAAAUUAGUGUUAGUUAUGCAUCAACUGAAAAUCUUGGUCCACCUUCCUCAACGAACACCACCGGUGGUGUUGGUGGUGCAAGUGGUAAUAACAAUUUAACUCUUUCAACGCCCACUUCACCGAACCAUCCGCCAAGUGGUCAACCAAUGUACACCGUACAUUACACAGCAAAUGGUAAAGAUCAAACGGCGACCACAUUAUUCCGUGAUAGUAGUCAUAAUCUUCCUCCACCAACAAGUCAUUUACGGGUACAUCAUAAUCGCCGUACCGCACGUCGAUCUAGUAGUUGUGAUAGCACCAUGGAACGUGAUUUAAGUCCCUCUCCAUCGGAUUUAAAUCCAAAGCCGAAAAUUAUUUCUCGGCGAAUGGGUAAACGUAAUAUUAAAGCACAAGUAAAACGGUUUCGUAUGGAAACAAAAGCAGCGAAAACUUUAGCUAUAAUUGUGGGUGGUUUUAUAUUUUGUUGGUUACCAUUUUUUACAAUGUAUUUAAUACGUGCAUUUUGUGAAGAGUGUAUAAAUCCAAUUGUGUUCUCGAUUUUGUUUUGGUUAGGGUAUUGCAACAGUGCGAUUAAUCCGCUUAUUUACGCGCUAUUCUCAAAAGAUUUUCGAUUUGCAUUCAAAAGGAUAAUAUGUCGUUGUUUUUGUAAACGUACAAAUAUGCCAAAUUCACGACGAGGCUCAGACGGCUCUCAAAUGCAAGGUAGGCAAUUUCGUUCUCCAAGUUAUAACACAAAUCAAGUGGGGAACUCAUUGGGUGAAGAUAGUGAUCCAGGUGGUGAUCCGUCAGAUUCAAGGUGACCACGACGUCAAAACUGUUUUCGUAAACGACACCGCGAAAAGGAUAAAAAAAAUAUUAUGUAUGUGUCAAUUGAUGAUAAAGAUGCUGAUUUACUUGUUAAAGUAGGACAUACAGUUGUCAUGUGUUU